AUGCUUACUCUCUUACGUCGACCAGUGGCCGUUGACCGCCUCACGAAUGGCCUUCUUGAAGGUUCAGCAUCAGGACUCAUGGGUCUGGCGUUUCCUGCCAUUGUUAGCACGAAAUCGACUCCAUUUUGGCAGCCUUUAGGAAGCCAGCUUGCCAAGGACGAGGAACCCGGAGGUGUGUUCACCCUUGGAGGAACAAAUUUGACGCUCUUUACUGGCGAGAUUGAUUUCCUCAAUAUGCCUUCGGGUACACCAACCUUUUGGCUUCUCACCAUGUCUGGUUAG